UCAGUCGGGGACAUGGCAUUAGAAAGCGGAGUGUUGUGCUGGGGACCGCAAUGACGGGAAUAGGUCUACGACCGAAGCAUGUCGAGAAAAAGAGAAAGCAAGACAAGAAAACGACUUUUGGAUUAGAUAGGAUUAUCUCUCAGAAAGUUAAACACAUCAAAUAGUGGAGGCGAGAAAGGACAAAGGUAAUGAGGACGUAAUGCCGAGACACGGCCAUGAAGAUCUAUGAUUCCCUUGUCCAGGUUAUCGCUGUUCUUGUUACAGUCUUUCUGCGUAUUCCAGCCUUCUUGACUCUAACUGGAGGAGAAUGUCCCACGGAUUACGUCGUGCAUGAGUGUCUAGCUCACGUCAACAUGGGAGCACACGACUUGGAAGAUCUCAGAUACUUUGGGUUAGGCGACAUCACCAAGCUGGAGGGGAGGGUCAUCAAGGAUCAGAUACGGGCCGUCAAGAAGCAAUGCAGGUAUAUGGCACACAUAGACCACGCUUUCGAAUGCCUUGUCCGGGAAAUACGACUUUGUCGGGGUGUGGAUGAGGCACAUUGGGUCCACGAGGUAAACCUUGAUGGUAUGAAAAGAGCCAUGAAGUUUAUUUGCCAAAAUUAUGAAGCUUGGGCACGGUCCAUGAAAUAUUGCACUCCUCACACACCCACGAUCGGCUACCCACAACUCCUAACAGUGUGUGAGGAGGAUGAACGACAAAAAGCGGUCUUGUAUCUGUCGCGGAAUUUACGUCUCAGGGAUGAGUUGGCUCGGCGAUGCAGCAAUCAACGCAUAGAAGUCUACUGUAAAACGAAAAGCAUGUACAAUUCCUGUUGGAUGGGGACUCACAACUGUGCAGCACUGGUCCCGGAACGUUUAAAAAUGGACUCGCAAUGCUGGGAGGAUGUGGGGUACAUCCCCCCACGGGACUUCGAUCUCGAAGGGCGGUACCACUGUUCGAAGAAAGUGGAUUGGACGGGACUUAGUGUAGAUGAUCAGUCACUUGUACAUAUAGGUCCAUACCAGGUCUCAGAUCGACGAUCAGGGGCGGGCACAGAGAAUAAGUUACAUUGUGGUGUGUUCUAUUGGACAGUUUUUAUAUUAACUUUGUUGAUAUUGGUGACGUCAUAGUGACAUCACAGGUGUCGUCUGUGUCAGUGGAAGAGUAUUAUUUUUCAUUCACCACAUUGACUGGAAGCUUAGCGUGAACACAUGAACCCCUGGGUCAGAUUACCUCCGACAUCCAAUCGUAGUCCGAUCUUAUUGUCAACUUGGCCACCGGGAAGCGUGAUCUCGUAGGAUUGGUUCCAUCAGAAGACUGCCACGGCAACGGUGUUUUUAAAUUCAGAACCGUUGAUUGGUCUUUGCACUGAAUAGGAGGUCUUGAAAUAUACUGGUUUCUCAAUGAGAACGUGUUGUACACUACCGUUGUUAAACUGAGUCGAAGAACACCCAAGAAAGUGGCAUUGCAACUGAUGGCAAGCCGAGCCUAAUGGAACUGAAAGGGCCUCUUAACUCUUGUCAGAAUAGAAAACUGCAGAGCAACAUAUCUCUGUACAAAAUUGGCAAAACUCUUCAUGUCGGAACACGGACUGCCUUGACAUUGGUAGCUUAAAGUGGGAAUAAAGAGAACACCGCACCUGAUUGAUGAUCUCUCUGCAAAGAGGACUUACCUGUGGAGCGGCCUCGUCUCGUCGCCAUGGGAAGAGACGAAUAGAAUGAUGAAAUGGACUGCCCCGGGAGUCCACGUACACUAAAUGUAAAGCAAGGUGCAGCGUGAAAUGUCGUUCUGUUGCCAUUUGGCAGCCAACUGCAGAAAGUAACAUCGGAUGAGACAGUCUCAAUGAGCUCUGAAAAUGCCAUCUGCCCUGACUUUGCAGAAGCAUUUUCAAUGACACCGGAGACAAGAAAUCCUUGUGUAUCCUAUUGUAAAUGUAUUGUAGAUACUCUACUUCUAAAAAACACAUGUCUUCUUCUUACAGCUAGAUCUCACUCGCAUUAAGAACGAAUUCAAUAUAUUUUUAUACAAAAUGAUAUCUUAUCAGAAAAGGACAUUGAAUGAAAUGUUGUGUAAAUGGUGAAAAGGUCAGGAGCCGUCGCAAUAUCAAAGAUGACAUUCUCACUGCCUGAUAUCAUUCCUCUGAGACUACAUUGCGAGUGUGGCACAAUAGUUGGGUUCCAAUUGGGCCUGGCAUCCUUGUGACUCUCCCCAGCUGGGAAGAGUUCAUCAGAACGUACCGUUGACUAGGAUGGUCUUUCCUUCUAUGUUUCAUACAAUUGCCCAAUAUCGUUAAGACAGCUAUGGCCUAGUUGAUACUCACGAAGUAAUAUGGACAACGUGAUGCACUGGACUGGAAGAAAGACCAGUGACCUGAUCCGCCUCGCCGAGGACAGAACCGUACGGUGUCGCAUUGUUAAUAACUUAGGGUUGCCCCAAAUGGCUACGGGACAUGACGAUGAUGAUGAUGAUGUUGAUGAUGAUACUCAACUCUCAACUCGGUGUUUAUUAGAAUUUGCUUUGUUGGCAGAAGUAGAUGGUACAAUGAAUCUCAGCAACACAUCUCAUUCAAAGGACGAAGUACCGAAGACACCAAGGACACAUGCAAUGUGAUUAACUGCGAUGGCUCCUGACCGAGUUUAAAGUAUAUAGUUUGCUACUCUUUGAUUCUGGUUGUGCGUAUUGUAAUAUAAAGUUGAUUAGUGAUUGGCAGUGUUGUGGAGAAGUUGCUACAGUGUAAGCAAACUAUUAGCAAGUAUAGAUUGUUGAUGAUGGUAUAGAUUUUGUUUUAUAAACUUCUGAAUGAAAUCGUCUACGAGCUCAGUUGUGUUCGAUCACAUUGGUCUCUAAUUGAGCCCAGGCAGCAAGAAAGACAGUGUAAACGUCUUCAACUAGAAAGCGAACAUCAACUUCAACUAGAAGUGUACAUCAUCCUCAAGAAGACAGUUUACAUCAUCUUGACAUCAUCCGACUUUGAAGAUUACAACCGAAAUGGAGCAGAGUUACAAUGUAGUGGAUAUUGCGUGGUUGUCAAACUCAUCUAAAUAAUUCGAAAACAUAAAAUCGUGUAAUGAAGAAAUUAUGUAACUAUUAUGUAUAUAUUAGGACAGAAUUGUAUAACAAGAUCUUCAUCAAGACGCCGUAUUUCCCUGAUUUGUCAUAGAUCUUCUAUUCUGAAGAGAAGGAGUAAUAUAUCACCAAGAAGACUUUGAUCUAUGCUUGCUAUCAUAUAUAAUUUUAUGCUACAUAUUGUUUUUAGUGUAUUAGGUUUAUAAUAGAAUAUCGCAUUGUUUUAAUAGUUAAGUGAUAAUUUCAGUUGUUCAGAGAUUUUUAUUGAAUUAUUGUGUGGUUAUUUCUAUUGUAUUUCUAUUAUUUGAAAUUAAGAUUAGUAUUACGUAUUUGUGAUUGUGGUUAAGUAGAAUUAAAGUUUAUUUAUGAUUAUUGCAAUAUGAAUACAAAAUAAAUUCAGUUACAUUAAGUGGUACAGUGUUGAGCUUGCAGGUUACCUCGACAGGUAAAUAAUUUCUCAAUGCAUGACUUUUCGAGAUCAUGAAGGACAGACUGCAGAAAUAAAUAUUUGCGACUUUAAA